AUGGGUGUCCUUUGGCAAUAUGCUAUUGCCUCUCUGGGGAUUUCUACUUCCCUGGCAGCCUCAAUUCCAACUACCACAACUCAUGGGCUAGAAGAAAGAGACCCUCUGCCCCAGACCUGGUCGAAGCGUGCCGACAGCGAGACUAAAGACUUUGAUCCAUGGGAUCUAUCGCAUAUUACCAAGAUCGCCGCCAUUGGAGACUCCUACUCAGCGGGAAUUGGAGCGGGCAAUCGGCUUGGCAACAACUAUGACCCAACCAAGAUGGGUGCAUGGAUGUGUAGUCGCUACGACAAGGCCUAUCCGUAUCUUGUGAAUGAGAAUUCCGCUCUCGGCGAUAAAUCGAAGAGAAAAUUUCAAUUCGAGUCUUGCUCUGGUGCUUUGACAAAGGAAGUCACGGAUGAUCAAGUGAAACGAAUCGAUGAUGGGCAACAAGCCAUCAUGCUUUCAGCUGGUGGAAAUGAUGCGGGCCUUGUGGAUAUUUUGAACCAAUGCGUCUAUCAGUUCUUUGCGCCUACCAAGGAAGGAGCCGGCCUUAUGGAAACCGGCCUUGCAUUCAAGGCCAUUGAAUGGUUGAAAAAGGGCGACCUCUCUAAAUACUCUCGCGGCUGCGACGGUACGCUCGAUGACUCGAUGAAGACCAUCGAGGGCGGUGACUUUUCCAAGAAUCUAGACUCGCUGCUGAGUAAAACCAAGGAGAAGCUCGCCAAGGAUGGUAAAAUUUACUAUACUGGUUAUGGAUGGCAAGAAGAAGCCAAGCUCACGGUCGACAGGCGGAAGAAAAUGAAUGAACUCGUCGAUGCAGUAAACAUGAAGAUCGCUGAGGCCGUUAAGAAAGCCGGUGAUCAGGUCGUCUUCGUCGACUAUGACUAUAUGAUCAGGACCUCCGGCGGGCAGUUCUGCGAAAAGGGGGUUGAUGAACCAAACCCGGGCAGAAAACAACUCAUGUUCUUUGAACUGGACCCCACCGAAGCUCUCGGAAUGUCACCUUUCAAGAGAGACGGCGGCGAUAGCUACGAGGGCACAUUUGAAUAUGAUAUUGACCGGCUUGGAGAGCUGACUCUCACUGCGGGAUCGACGUUCAAAGAUGCUCCCCAUGCAAAGAAUUCGACCAAAACCGAGAAGACAGAGGACAACAAGCGCUUUAUCGAAGCUGUGCUACCCGAUGGCUUUAAACGCAUUUUCCAUCCGACGAUCAAAGCCCAUAAGAGCAUUGCUGACUACCUCAUCUAUUAUAUGGUCAUGGACAAUGCUGAGGAGCAUCAUACCGAUUCUCCCAGUCCAACUUUCUCUGGAAAGUGCAAGACAAAGCCGACCGAGACCGAAGCCAUCAAAGCCAAGUGUGACCUCGACACGUUAUCUGGUGUUCCUUAUAACGUCUUCGACGGGGUCUACGAUAAAUUCUGCAAGGAGAUUGACAAGGCUCAGAAGGAUGAAAAAGAUGACGGACUGACUUGGAUGGUUGACUCGCACGGCGAUAAGAUUCCCAACAAGAAGAGAGGCUUUCUUGAGGGCCGAACACCUCCCCCCGAUUCGAAUUACUAUAAGGACUUUAAAUUCGGGCUUGUCUGGGAUCGGAAGAGUGACAAGGGCAAGGGGAAGUGUACGACGAGCUGCAAAUCGGCAUUCGAACAGAUGACUCUCGGCUGCGGCCACACCGGCGGGGAGCAGAACGGCAUGGCUCGAGAUGCGUCGGUGUCCACGGAUUGCGGGAAGUACAGCUACAAGAUCAGUGGAUCCGGUGUGCCAAAACACACAGAUCCAUACGACGCCGAGAGGAAAUGCUAUGAUCUCAAAGACGUCAAGAAGCCUACCGAAAUAUCAAGCGACUUUCAGGCGGAAAAGACCGAUGAAUUCUGCGACAUGACUAAAGGGAAGAAGCUCAAGGCUAACGGACAUACGAUUGGAUUGACAAGCCCGGACCUUGGGAGUGGGGCUUAUUAUAACUACUACGUGGAAUGGAGAAAGGGCUGUAAAAGCUCCGAGGAAGAGUUUGACGCGGAAUUUCCUCUCGGCAAGGACAGUAAGAACAAUUGCCGGUCGUUGAUACGCUGGACGUACAAGCUGUGUGGGGAUAACGGUGGGAUCGGCGGAUAUUACGACGUUGAUUGUCUGAGGUAUUCGUUUCAAGGUGUAGGGUUUAGCUUUUUGAGCAAGAGUUAG